CAAAGGCAGCUUGUGCUUUGACACAGUAUGAAUAUGAUGUGUAUAUAUAUAUAUAUAUAUGUCUGCAUCUGAUGGAUACGUCGUCAUCGUCGUCGUCGUCGUCGUCUACACUACAUAGUAUUAUUUAAUCACUUGGAUAUUUCACUGUUUUAUAAUACAGGUGGGUUUUCACAAAUUCACCGUAACCAAUUUUAAAGGUGGAUCGAUUAUUAAUUAAGAGAAGGGGGGGAGAAAGAAUUGGAUAUGGAUAUUCAUCCUCUCCAACAACCUGAUGACGAAGAAGAUCGAUUUGAUGCAGCAUUCCAGGAGGCAUUUUACAGCAACUAUUGCCAGGGAGGAAGGUCGUCAGUCGAUGUCGUCAAUGGAGCAGAAUGGCAAGAAUUUGCAGUAUCUGCGUCUGCAAUUUCACCAGAGAAAAUGAUUCGAGAGGGUUUCAGUUUAUCUUCAUCAUCGCCUAAACUGAAAGCAAAGAGAAGGAAAUCAGCAGCGGAGAAAAUUGCAGUCCAUCGCUCCGCCGCCGCCGGCGGCGGCGACGGCAGACGGGACCGGCACAGCAAAGUCUGCACCGCCAGGGGGACGAGGGACCGCCGCGUCAGGCUGUCGCCGAAAACCGCCAUCCAAUUCUACGACGUGCAGGACAGGCUCGGCUACGACCGCCCCAGCAAAGCAAUUGAUUGGUUGAUGAAGGAAGCCAAAGCCGCCAUUGAUGCCCUGCAGGAAUCGCCGCCAUUCCAGGCCACCGUCGCCGCCGCCGGAAAGAAUGACGCGACGAGUUCCGAUCAUCAGUCCAGUUUCGGCUUCCUCACAAAUGUCACUGCGCCAUUGUUGUCUUCCUACGCCGCUGAAGAUUCAGCACUUGGUCAAGAUGCAUUCUUGUCGCCGGAAUAUUUCGAUCCCAAUUUAGAGAUGAUACGGCUGCAGAGAAUUUUCCAUUUUCCAGGGUCGCCGGUUUCCGGCGGCCGCGGCGGCCAGAUUUGUAGCGAAAGGGAACCCCUUCAGUCCAGCAUUCCUGAUAAUUCCCCCAUCAUUAAUCCUCCAUUUUCAGGGUUUCGUCUUCCCAAUCAGGAAAUCGAUAUCCCAAAUUUUGCUGCUGCAACUGCAACAUUGACAGAGGAUGAGAAUGUGGAUAAGAUUCCAUCUUCCAGCAAACCAUCUUCUCUUCUGCAUUAUCUAGUUUAGACCCGCCGACCAUAUAUAUAUAUAUAUAUAAUGUGAUCAUUUCCUUUAUGUUGAAUGGAUUAGGUUUCAAGAUUUUGUUAAUUUCCUCUCGGAUUUGGACAAAUCAUCAGUCCUAUGUAAUCUCCCAUUUCAAUUUCUUCUUGGCUAUUGCAGUAUUAACAACAUAAGA